AUGGCUCGUCAAAAUUUCGUGGGGCUUGUGGUCUCGCAGGGGAAAAUGCACAAGACUGUGAAAGUGCGCGUAGAGACCAAGGUGUUCAACAAAAGAAUCAACAAGGAACUAUUCAGCAGGAAAGAUUACUUGGUACACGAUGAGGGUGAAGUUUCCCGUGAGGGCGAUUUGGUGCGUAUCGAAGCCACUAGACCGCUGUCGAAACGCAAGUUUUUCAGUGUUGCGGAGAUUUUGAAAAACAAAGGUCAACAGUUCGCGCUCUUCGAGUCGCAGGCCAAGAUCCAGGUGUCACAGGAAGAGGCGGAAAAGACCCGAGGUUUCCUUGAGAGACGCAAGGCUCUGGAAUCCAACAACGGCGUUCUUCUCAGAGACAUUCAUACAAUUCAAAAGGCGUUAAGCGAUGGGCAGGAUCCUCAGAGUCUGAUUGAGAUCAAGGCCCGGUACGGAAUUGAGCAUUUCACUCCUGAUAGUCUGAGACGACUGUUGCAGCUGGACGUGUCGGCUUUGGAGCAAGAGGUAGUUGCCCAGAAAUCCAAGAUCGACACCGUGCAGGCACGCGUGCAUGAGCUUCUACAAGACGGCCAGGAGUGCGACCUAUGGCUGGCAGAACGUGGUGUAGAGAGUCCACAGAUGCUCAAGCCCAACAUCAAGCGGAAUCUGCUCAGAAAAUACGUUUUGCAAGAGUUGUGA